AGUCCCUGUACACUUCCAUUCCCCUCUGGUUUUCUUUCUCUCAAAAACUCCUCGAGCAGGAGCCCCGAAACAUUCUCUGUCCGCUUCCUCUUUGUCCUCCUUCUCUGAGCUGAGAAAAGCUCCUUUCGCUCCCUUCCCCGGGAAAAGGCAGUCUUCGAUUCCCACUCCCUCCCCCCUAGAAAAAAAUCGAAUUUCUCACUGGAAAAUGUCCUUCUAAAAGCCAAUAAUAAUUCAGGUCGGAAUCAAACCCCACACCCAGAGUGUCCUUAAAGACUCCAAACCUUGAAGAUUUGCCUUCUGACCCCAUCUUUCCCACCCACCCCCCAAAUAAAAUCCAGGACAGAAAAGAAGUUCUCUCCAGGCGCAGAGCUCCCAGAAGAGAGAAAAAGCUGGCAAGUUGACCCCUGAACCAGGGGCUGGCAAAGGCGAAAUGUGUGGCGGAGGCAGCGAAAAAGGUGAAGAACCGAUUUGGAGGCAUUUCGCAGAGGAUUUGGAGAUGCAAGGACGAUAAGAAAAAUCAAGAUGGGAAACAGUUCUUUCUUCUGCUGGGACACAGACAUAAGAGCGAAAAAUACAUCUUUCUUCACUGGCCUCCCAUCAGCACCCCAGUCCUCCUUCUCCUCCAGAUUACCCUUCACUGUUCCAAAUCUGGAGGAAAACAAAGUUCACCCUGGUCUUUUCCCCUGCUCUGGGCCUUCUCUUGUCCUCUCCCUUGCUUAGAAAGCCUGACUCAAAUUGGGGUCUUCAAGAGGAAUCAAAAACAAAGAUUUCUCAAACCCCAUACAUCUCAGGCAGCUGCUAGAUCUUGGUCUUUCUCAAUCCAGGGGCAGAGAUUUCCCUAGGAAGGAAGGAAGGAAGGAAGAAAGGAAGAAGGAAGGAAAGUGAUUUGGAGUUGGGGAAAUAGGAAUGAAAACCAGGAGACAUCCUGAUGGGCUCUCCUCCAAUUGGGAACCCAUGUCCCUCCCUUCCUGAUCUGGGACCUCUUCUAGCUGGCUGCUCCCCCUCUCCUCUCUGUUACCCCAAAGUCUUCCCUCUUUUCUAUCAUGCUUCCUUCCUUUCUCCAAAGAAACUCAUAGUUCAUAGAGAGUCUGACUUUUAGGAACCUAAUCCAGAAUACCUUAGGCCUCAGAAAGUUCCUGCCUGCAAACACCUGCCCCAUAGAGUUGAAAUAGCCAUUUAAGAUUUUUUAAAAAAUUUAUACAAAUCCUACUUUCCUGUGACUUCAAAGAAUAUCUCUUUUCUAUGCCUAUAGAGACAUAUUGGAUACAUGUGUGUUACAUACACAUUGAUACCCCUUUCUCCAUUCAAACCACAUUCAUUGACAGACUUUUGUGUCUGACUUCUCAUAAAACACCCAUCGUCUAUGCUACUACCCCCACUAACUGACUCUGAUUUCUGCUCUGGGGGUGGAUCUGAGUGGAUGUGAAGUGAGGUCUAAUCAAAAUUAUUUUCUCCUCACCUCCAAGGCCUUCUUAGACAUCCCCUCAGUCUUCUUUUGCCUGCACAACACCCACCUCAGCUUCCCCAACUCUUGUAGAUGCAGGCAUUCCCCUUCCCCAAACACUCCCGAGUGAUGGGACCCCCCCUCCAAGUCCACUCGUUUUGGCAAUCUAAUGAGCUCUAUUUGCUCCUACCCCUCCCCCCCGAGGCAAGAGGCUUCGGCCCUUUUAAUUAGGAAACGUGGAAAUAGACCCACUUCCAGCCACCACUAAAUGAAGGAUUUAGCGUCUGCUCCCCUUUCAGCUCUCUCCCCCCUUUUCCAACACACACACAAAUUCUUGUAAACUAGCUCAUUCCAGCGAUCGUAGAAGGCCCUGGGGGAGGGAGGGGCGACAAUCUAUUCAGAAAAGCCCCUCUGCGCAUCCUAAACGAGGCCCCAUCUUUCCUUAAAAUUAAAUACAAUUUAAAAGGCCAACUCAGGGGGGUUUGUGUAGCAAACAGCACAGCUUCUCUUCGCCAGGGUAGAAAAAUCCACCCAGGAGAGGCGAGGACAAGCCGGAGUGCAGUACUAACGAGCCUACGCCAGGUGUCGCUGUGGACUCGUUGUCCCUGCUACCCCCUAAUUCCAACAACCAUUUUUUUUUCUUUCCUCUCCCCCUUCUUCUCUCCCUUUCUCUCGAUCCCUCUCCCCUCGGUUGGGCUGUGCCAACAUAUCAAGAUGCGUUUCGCCGGCUUCCAUCACUAACCUCCCGGAGGUCAUCAAGCCGAAUUUAUGAGUGGCCGCUGGAGUCACGUGACUCUAUUUAAGGAUCCCUUAUUUGGAAAGCGCGCAUAGGAUAAAGAAAGAGAUAUCUCCACCUAUAAAUUGUGCACUUUGGAGAACAAAAAACCCCUCAACUUCAAAGAGUCACAAAUCACCCUUAAUCAAAAAGGGUGCAGAAAUUUUUUUCGUCCCUCCCCGCCAUGAGCUCCUACGUAGCCAAUUCAUUCUAUAAGCAAAGCCCUAAUAUUCCUGCCUAUAGCAUGCAAACUUGUGGGAACUAUGGAUCUGUCUCAGAGGUGCAGCCAUCCAGGUACUGCUACAGUGGAUUGGACUUAAGCAUCACUUUCCCACCGCCUGCUCCUUCCAACUCUCUCCACGGGUUAGACAUGGCUGCCACUCCUAGACCUCACCCAGACCGACCCGCCUGUACCACGGUGGCAGCUCCGGGACACGCUCUGGGCAGAGACGAACCGGCUCCUCUAAACCCCGGGAUGUACAAUCAGAAGGCGGCUCGCCCGGCGCUGGAGGACAGAUCUAAGGGGAGUGGGGAGAUCAAGGAAGAACAGGCUCAGACUGGGCAGCCCGCAGGACUGAGUCAGCCACCGGCCCCGCCACAAAUAUACCCGUGGAUGACCAAACUCCACAUGAGCCACGAGACAGACGGCAAGCGAUCCAGAACCAGUUACACGCGCUACCAGACUUUGGAAUUAGAGAAAGAAUUUCACUUUAACCGCUACCUCACCCGCCGAAGGCGAAUUGAGAUCGCCAACAACUUGUGUCUCAACGAGAGACAGAUCAAGAUCUGGUUCCAGAACCGAAGGAUGAAAUGGAAGAAGGAUUCCAAAUUAAAAAGCAAAGAGGCUCUUUAAAAGGAAGAGGGAGCUGGGGAUACGGCACCCUUCCAAUAGUUUCUCUAGUUGGCUUGGAUCUACCUUGGGGAAACUUUUCAUUUUCUUCCGUGUGUGUUUGUGUUUGUGUGUGUGUGUGUGAACAUUUUUAGGGGCUGGGGGUGGAGGUGCGUGUGGGGACUGGGGGGAUUUGUCACGGACUCUUCCAACCCCGCAGACAAAAGCGUUUUCGAUUAGCAUUCAGCUUUCCAGCCGAAGCUUGGCUCAGAGUGUGCUGUUGUGUUCAUUCACAUUUUCCUCAGUCUGGCUCCCUAAGCCCUCCUGGCGACCCAAUAACCCAGUGAAAUCUCCGUAGGGGGUCCCACUAAAAUGAUCUAGACACCGGGACUGCCUACCCGGGCAGGCCGAGAAGGGAAAGAGCUCUUUGCCUUCAAAAUCCUCCCCGUACCUCUGCCUCCAGCAGUCAAGGCGGCAGCCAAGAACCCCCUAGCCCCAGACUCUUGACCCCUUCAUCCCUGGUUUCCUGAAAGAGAGGCCGGUAAUGGGGUGGCUUGGACACCACCCUCUGCAACCCUCUUUGGGCAGAGCCACCACCUUUGAACCCCCUGGGCUUGAAAUGUGGAACUCCCCCUUUCAGCCGACCUUCAGCCUUUCUUUGUUAGAGGGGACCCUGCUCCAGAGCUGUCGAGUUGGGACCAGGCCCAGGCCGGGUGGCUUUUUCCCAGUGCUGAGGGAUUCUCUACGUGUGAGUGAUGAUGUCUGACUGUGUGUGAGCGGGCUUGUUUUUUUGUUCUCGUUGGUUUGUUCUGUUUGUUAAACUAGAUUAUUAUUAUUUUUUUAUGAUUUACAUAUGAAAGGGGAAAAAUUUAACGAACUCUGGACCCCCUCUUCCAGGCCCUCUCGAUGUCCCUAAGCACUCCUCUUCCUUUGAGUUUGGGGGGAAGAACUUCACCCCAAACCAGCUCCCCGCAUGCCGAGGGCCAGCUCCCCGGAGUCCCUGCACUGUUUGUAUGUAUUGGGGUCCACCUUCAUGUGAUGUGCUCUCUGACUCCAGUACCAACGCUUGGUGACCAUGUAGUCCCUUUCUGGCAACUUUCUUUGGAGGAAAUUCCUCCACCACUGUCACCCACCUAUUUAUUGACUCCGGGUCCAUUAUGAAACUAUAUUUUGUCAUAUUGAAUAAAGACCAAUAGACAUAAAGUC